AUGGUUCUUGGUAAAGGUCCGUGUUUUUUGCUUGGCCAGUCCGACCGCCAGACCCAAUUCCUGAGCGGUCUUGCGAACGCCCGCAGUCUACUGAAGAGCCUCGAGCACAGCAUACAGAGGACGGGCAAGUAUGAGCAGCAGCUGCUGCGGUGCAGAGCUAAGCAUGCGCACGCGCACAGCGUCGGCGAGUGGUGCGCCAGCGAAGGACAAGAGAAAGCCAAGGCUGCUGGUACAGUAUAUUCAAGAAGUCCAGCAGACUUGUCUCAAACUUGGUCUUCAGUAAGCAUCGUUUGUCUACAAUAUCAAUACGAAGAACUGUCAAAGCGCUACGAAGCCUUGCUGAAAGCGUAUGACGACCGCUGCAGUGCUGUAAAUUCGCGCGACAUCGCAUUAGAAAACCUGCAGCGCUGCUUGGAUGCCACUCGGGCGGAGUUGAAGCAGGCACACCAGUCCCUCUUAGCUGUGGGGGAGAAAUUUUUGGAGCUCAAAGACAAGAAGAAAUCUGAAACAGCAUUUUAUGAGGAGAUAAUCAUAUCGCUAAGGGAGGCGGUGAGCCGAGUUGUAGACUACACGGAGCGUGCGCGCGCGCACCUCGACCGCCAACUCGAGAAGUGUAUGAAAGCUGAGAAGGACACCACCAAGGCGUUGCUACUAGCGGAGAUACGCAAAUGCAACAUUCUGUAUGUGGAGAAUUUGCGACUGAAAACGUGCAUAGAAAACUUUGAGCCAGGUUUCAUCGAUUGGGAGAGAGAAUCCUUUUAAUUUAGGAUUUAUUUAUUAGCUCGGCCUGAUAGCUCCGUCGUCGUCCUCCGUUAUUGCUUUGACGUACGUUAUCUGUGUAUGGAUAUUACAAUUUUAAACAGAAAUUGUAAUACCAUACACAGAUAUAACGAACGUCGACGCACGGUAAUGUAAAAAACCUAUGAA